AUGGUAGUUGCUGCACGCAAUUACUUGUCUAUCGUAUCUGAAACUGAUAGUGAUUCUCCGCCCACCAAUGUGACGACAAAUGUGUUUGUUCAUUUUGUGGAUGCAAACGAUAAAGCGAUGUGCACCGAAGCUAUGUCUGUGGGCAGACAGAUUAAGAAAUCCUCAAUUUCGCAGAUGGUAAUGGUACAGAUGCUAAAAAAUGGUAUGCAGCCAGUGCAGAAGAGUGCCAUCGAUUUCUUUUUUUUGCAAAUACUGGGCGAAGGUUGUUUUUCUACGGUGUAUCGUGCUCGUGAAGUAUCUAGUGGAAAGGAAUUUGCUCUGAAAGUGCUCAACAAAGAUUUAAUUCGGCGACAUGAUAAGGUAGUAUCAGUUAUGCGUGAGAAAGACAUAAUGACUUCGUUGACUUAUUUGCACGGCGGACAUCCAUAUUUCGUAUCCUUAUAUUGUACUUUCCAGGAUCCCACUCGUCUUUACUUUGCUAUGACCUAUGCAAAAAAUGGUGAUUUGUUAACAUACUUGCAUCGUCUUGGUUCUUUCGAUGAAGAUGUGACUUUGUUUUAUUCGGCUGAACUUGUAUGUGCGAUAGAUGUGCUCCAUAAAUGUGGCAUCAUUCACAGGGACUUGAAACCAGAAAAUAUUUUGCUUGGAGAAAAUUGGCAUAUAAUGUUGUCUGAUUUUGGCACAGCGAAAUUUAUUGAUACAGAAAAAAAUGAAACAGAUACGAAAAGUGCUCUUCAGGAAGAACACUGUCGUAGUCGAUCAACAUUCGUUGGUACUGCUCAGUAUCUUUCACCAGAAGUACUGGUGGAUGGAGAAGUAGGCCCAUCAUGUGAUUACUGGGCUUUGGGUGCAAUAAUUUUUCAAAUGGUCUCUGGAUUGCCACCAUUUCGAGCUAUUAAUGAUUACCAUACUUUCCAAAAGAUUCAGAAGCUAGACUAUAGUUUUCCUGAAGGUUUUCCUGACCUUUCCAAAGAUCUCGUUCGAAAAUUCUUGGUGUUCGAUCCUAAUAAACGUCUUGGUUCUGAAGAGACAGGCGGCAGUGAGGCUGUUCGUUCGCACCCAUACUUUGCCACGGUUGAUUGGAAUAAUUUGAUCACAAAAACACCACCGCCUUUUAAACCGUACUUACCUGCCAGUUGUGGAGAACCAGCCUUUCAUAGUGAUUACCAUUUUCCAGAUGAUAUAGAACCCGGUCUUGAUGAUGCAGCAGUAACCCGCUUGCUAGGCCUUUCUUUAAAAGAUUUCUGUUCUUCUAGCAGAAAUAAAGAUAAUUUGGGAACAGAUGAACCAGAGUCGACUGGACUGCGUGAAAAACAGCUGAAUAUUCAGCGGAAAGAACAUAAAUAUCAUCGUUUUGUCGAGGGCAAUUUGAUCAUUAAAAGUGGUUUAUUGGAUAAAAAGAAGGGAUUGUUCGCAAGAAGAAGAAUGUUUUUACUGACAGAAGGACCACAUAUAUUUUAUGUGGAUCCCAUAAGUAUGGAGCUAAAAGGCAAAAUACCGUUCUGUCGGAAGUUACGAGUUGAAGCGAAAAAUUUCCGAACUUUCUUCGUGCAUACGCCGAGCCGUACUUAUUAUUUAUUUGAUCCGGAACGAAAUGCACUGGAAUGGUGCAAAGCAAUAGAAGCUUUGCGUGAACAGUAUCUGAAUGAGUUACCGGAGGAGCCGGAUCCCCUGGAAAACAAAAAUACUAAGCGGCGACGAUAA